ACAAAUAUGUUUGUUGAUCUUCAGAGAUAUCAUCCUUGUACUUUACAUUAUUGACAUUGCUUGCUCUCUGUUAGUUUUUCGAAGUAUAGAUCUAGGAACUUGAUUGGGUAGCAAAAUGCAGAGAGUUGGUGCUCUGGUGAGCUGUGAAUGGCUUUCCCGAAUCCUUUCCCCUCAAACUCAAUAUCUCAGGGUUCUGGAUGGGACUUGGUACAUGCCAAGCAGUGGGAUGGACCCCAAAGCAGAAUUCGCCAAAAAGCACAUCCCGGGUGCAGAGCAGUUCAGCAUUGAUGACUGCACACUCCCGCACUCUCCUUUCUCCAAUACCCUUCCCACGCCGGAGUUCUUUGCAGAGUACGUCGGAGAGCGCGGGAUCUGCAACAACACGCAUGUGGUAGUCUACGACAAUCAUCCACAGCUCGGAGUGUUCUCUGCAGCUCGAGUUUGGUGGCUGUUUCGAGUCUUUGGCCACAAUGCUGUUUCGGUCUUAGACGGAGGUCUUCCACUGUGGGAGAAGGCAGGACACCCGCUGUGUAGCAGCACAGCACCCAGUGAGGUGGAGGAGAAGGAGUUUAAAGCCGAGCUCCAACCCAAUCUGGUCAAGCGGUUUAGUGAUAUGACAGGCAAUCUGAACACAAACAAGUUUCAAGUUAUGGAUGCCAGAUCAAAGGCGAGAUUUCUUGGCAAGGUGCCUGAGCCGAGAGAAGGAUUAACCUGUGGCCAUAUGCCAGGUUCUGCCAAUGUGCCUUUCUCGGCCCUCCUCAAUGACGAUGACUCAGAGAGGGCUCGCCUCAUGAAGUCCCCAGAAGAGCUUGUCAAGAUUUUUGCAGACAGUGGCAUUGACCUCUCCGGACCUGUCACAGCGACCUGUGGGUCAGGGGUCACGGCCUGCAUCCUGGCAUUGGCCGCCCAUCAGACUGGAAAGAAGGAUGUCGGAGUUUAUGAUGGAUCAUGGGAGGAGUACGCUCAGAAAGCAACCGAAGAUCAGAUGGUGGUUUGCAAUCCUGAGACUGCAAGUGCUGGUUAAUCAAUUAUAAUAUGUAGUGAUAAGGUUACUUUGAAUACAUAUGGUAAGUUUGGGAAAAUAUAGCACUUUUAUAUACAUGUAGUACUUUGGGGAUAAUGCAACAUUUGCCAAUGUUUAAUUGCUGGUUUUUUGUAUUUCUUUUAAGUAUUCUUAUUUUUCAUUCGUAUGUUUUUGUGAUACAUUUGUCUUAUUAGUAUAACUACUAAAACUUAUUUAUAUCCUGGGCUGACGUAUUCUUUUAAGUAUUCUUAUUUUUCAUUCUUAUAUUUUUGUGAUACAUUUGUGUUAUUAGUAUAAAUACUAAAAACUUAUUUAUAUCCUGGGCUGAAGUAUUCUAGAAAUAUCCAUGUUGAUCAUGUGUUUUCAUAAUAGAGUUUGUAGUUAUUGACUAGUGUUAAGUGAAAAUUCACCCAAUUUCUUGUGGAAAACACCAUAUUGUAGUGCAUUAUAUGCUUUAGUGGUUAUAUCAUAUAGACAUUGAUUUCUUCUGUUAAAGUGCAUCUUUAACCACACAAUGAGAUUGACCUACUGGUUGAGGCCUUGUAUUUAGUGUAGCCUUAUUGACACGUAAUAGGAAAAACAUUCUAUCCAGCACAGAAAAAUUCUGUAAGACAUGCAAGCAACACAUGUAUUCUUUACUUGAACAAUAUAUAUUUAAAGACCAUAUCCGAACUGAAAUGGAUGAAUGAUAUAUCAACUGAAAGCUUAAAAGCCAAAGAUUGCAAUAAUAUCAAUUAUAUGCCAUUUUUAGUGUCUGUCAGAGGAGUAUCUGCUUUCUGAAAACUCAAAAUCUAAAGCUUUAAAAUCUAAAGUUGUCAACCUAAAAACUUAUUAUCGACUUGAUGACAUCAUCUUGUGUGGAGUA